GCCCAUAUACUUAUAAACGGCGACCUACGUGGGUCAAGCCUCUCAUUUUCCUUCCUCUCUUUAUCACCCUGGUGGUGACCAUUUCUUCGCGCAGCCUACCUUUCCUUCUCUCGUGAUGUUUUUGAACAAUCUUGCUAUACUUUCCCUGUCAGCGUGCUUGCCAAUGGUCAUUUCGGCGCCGGUCCUCGACAGUAACAACACUACUACUGCUACUUCCGUUUCUACCUCACAAAACGCAACCUCGACCAUCUCGCCGUUCUCAAACUUGCCUCUAUCCUUCGGCGUGGACGUCGGACAUUCGCCUUCUGGCUCAGAGGCUGUCUUUGUCUAUUCACCUCAGUCUCCAGAAACAGUAUCGUCUGAAACAGAUAGCCCUCCGCAAAGGCCUCUUGUGAUGGCUUAUUAUCCGAGCUGGGCCGACGACGAAUAUUCUCCUGACAAGAUCAACUAUACAUUGUAUGACUGGAUCGAUUUCGCGUUUGCUAUUCCUGACUGCAACUUCGACUUGACUUGGGAUUCCGAGGCCCCUGACCUCCUGGCGCGUCUAGUGAAAGCCGCACGUGCUGGGGGUACUAAGGUCAAGCUUAGCAUAGGCGGUUGGACUGGAAGCCACUGCUUUUCUGGCGCUGUAUCAGACGAAACAAGUCGCAAUGCUUUUGUGUCAAACAUCGUCGGUCUCUAUAACAAGUACAACUUGGAUGGCAUCGAUAUCGACUGGGAGUAUCCUGGCCGCAGAGGCGAAUCCGAUAAUCAAGUCAGUCUGUCCGAUUCGGCCAACUUUUUGCAAUUUCUUCGUCUCCUUCGCAAGUCGUUACCCGCAAACGCCGUCGUCACAGCUGCUGUCGAUCAUAUGCCUUUUGUCGAUGAUGACGGAGCACGGAUGAAAGAUGUGUCAGAUUUUGCUGAAGUGCUUGAUUGGAUCUUGAUUAUGAACUACGAUGUUUGGAGUGCUUCGCCGAAUCCAGGACCGAAUGCCCCGCUCAGCGAUAAAUGUGGGAACUCUACCCAACCUCAUGCCAACGCACAAGCAGCCUUGAACGCUUGGACGAUGGCCGGUUUCAAGUUGUCUCAGAUCGUACUAGGAAUACCUGCGUACGGAAUCCUUUCCACGUCCAAUGCUACCGGACUCCGUACGCGUUCGAAGCGUGGAUCGCCUGCACUUGCUGCCGAUGACGAUCAAAAGCAAGGAGAAAUCCAAUUUCGUAGUCUUGUAGAUCAGGGCGCUUUGUCUAUUCGUAAUGAUACGUCGGGACAACGAUAUUUUGUCGCGUCACCUGGAUUCACCAGGGAUUGGGAUCAGUGUUCAAGUACUCCGUUUCUUCGGUCUUUGGAUGCCAACCAGAUAGUCUCGUACGACGAUCCUGAGUCAAUAGGAUUAAAAGCAAAGUUCGUUAUGGAGAACGGGAUGCGAGGCACGAGUAUGUGGGAGAUGACGGGCGAUACAGAGUACAAUGACUUGACGAAUGCUGUACGGACAAUGUUUGGAUGUUAGUUAGUAUCAAUGUCCUCAAAGUUGAUAACACCAACCACUACGUACUACUAUGCGCCCUCAGUAUGUCGUCGGGAACCCUAGCCAUUACCAAUCACUGUUUUCUGUCUGAUGAGUCUGCCUUUCGUAGCGCCUCAGUGGACAGCAUCAACGCUAUUACCAUUCACUCGUCGACGUAGCUAGAUCAGUCUGAGGC